GAUUUUAAGUUUUAUAAUUAAUCAGAAAAACAUUCUGACCGCAAACGCGAGUCUGUCUGGGUGAACGACAGAGACCUUCUAGCAAAAGCCAUAAACUUGGAGUAGAAGAAGAGAGAAUCCAAGCAAACGGUAAAUACAAACCUGUGAUGAUAGCUUCAACACCUCUGCCGCCAUGGCAGCCACCGCUUCUAGCUCCAUUGAGAUUAAGGAGGAGUAGGCCCUUAAUAAUCCCUUACCGGACACCUAUCGGCUUCGUUCAGGCAUACCGUCGCGGCGGCGGCAACAACGAUGCUUUUGGCGAGGCCUGGAACAAAGUAUGGCGAGGCGCCAACGAUGGGUUUGAGAAAUUCGUAUUCGAGGCCAGGAAAACUGCGGAGCGUCUUGAUAGGCGUUACUCUGUAUCGCGCCGUGUUAGUUCUGCUGCUCAAUCGGUGGCCGACCGGGCGCGCGAGAUUGAUAGGGAAUUUGCAAUUGGAUUGCGUUGGCGUAAUUUUACAUUGGAUUUUAGCAGAAAUUGGCCAAGGUAUAGGAGGCAACUCAAUGAGUUUAUCGACACGCCAUUAGGAAAAAGUUUUGUGACAAUAUUCUUCCUUUGGUUUGCUUUGUCUGGAUGGCUUUUCCGGUUCUUGAUAUUUGGAACAUGGAUACUACCAUUUGCUGGUCCGAUACUCCUUGGGACUUUUGCCAAUAGCCUUGUGAUAAAGGGUAAUUGUCCAGCCUGUAAUAGGGAAUUUGCUGGGUACAAGAACCAAAUUAUUUCUUGCGCAGGCUGUGGAAACAUAGUGUGGCAGCCCAAAGGCCAAGGGGAAUACAAUUCAAGAAAAGGAAGUUCUGGUUCCAAGUCACAACCCAACGUCAUUGAUGUGGAGUUUGAGGAGAAAUGACAAGGGUAGGAGGAAUGGUGAUUCACUCGACCUUUAUUGAGAGUACAGAAGACCACGAUAAGGAAAGAAUUACCGAGGACUAUGAGUUGAAGUCGUCUUGGUUCCCUGUUCAGUUACAACGCUGUUCGUGUUCUCUUCUCCCUUGGGUAGUUACUAAUGUAGUUUGGCAGCAUUAUUUGUUUGUAGUAUCAAUACAGGUAUGGUGCAUAAAUGGGAAUUCCUUAGGUGUUGGAUUAUUAAGGUACUCAAUAUAUAUUGUUUUCACUUAAUUUCCAGCUAUAGAAAUGGCCUUUUCUUUGGGAUUUCUUUAUUUCAAUCUUGUAAUAAAUGUUCCUAAAGCAGACAGUGAGGCAGUGAUGUGUCUUUGGUGUUUCAAUUUUCUGCAAGAUGUAAAUUUGUUCAGUUCAGGAGUUAGCGAUGCUAUUUCAUGAUUGCAGUUAUCUUGUUGGGAUUAAAAACACUUUUAAGAGCAUGAACUGUUGAUAAUAGUAAUAACUCAGUCCUUAUGCUUUUAA